GAGAGUUCUGGUAAAAAUGCCUGAAUUUUUCAAUAUUCGGGACUGAGAAGGACAAGUGGAAACGGGUGCAGCCAAUAGCCUGUCGGGGUUGCUGGGCGGCGAGGGGUAUUUCUGGGGUCUUCAGCCUUCGGUUUACCUCUGUCGUUACACCUCUUCCAGGGUUAACUGCUCCUUUUACUUUAGGAUCGGGGCCUGCCGAAAUGGGGAUCAGUGCUCCUGGCUUCACGACAAACUUUCAUGCUGGUGAGACUUGGCACGCAGCCUGGAGGGUUAACGCCUCCCGGCUGUCGCUCUCCUGCUGUCCAUCAUCCGAGGUCCCGCCUUUUCCGGAUUUCUUAGGCCCACCCUACCGUCCGGCUUUUUUCUAGUCGGACUUCUGCCAGUUCCUUCCUUAACCUACACACCUCGGUUGUCUCUCACUUCUUGGUCCUCCCUCUGCUGGUUUCCUUAGGGACAUGCAUCGCUGAUGCACUCAAGAUGCUUAGGCUUCUUCCCAACACCUUUGCACAUAACCCUGCUUUCUCUGCUCAAGCCCUAUUCACACAAUGGUGCUGCUCAACCUGUACCGGAAUCCACAGAACACCGCCCGAACCGCAGACGGAUCACACUAGAGGCACCAUUUCUUGGGGGCAGGACGGACUGUCCUCUGCAGGCCACCUCCUGAUUCCAAGUCACGUGUGCGAUGUAGAGGUGCAAGAACAUUAUGAUAACUUAUUUGAGGUGAGGAUUGCCAGAAAUGGGGUGAAUUGUGUGCCAAGAGUUCAGCUGAACACCUGCUAGUCUCCGCAGGAGUGAUCAUGGAACUGCAGGAGAAGUUCAGGGAGACUGAAGAGAUGAGUUUGUGUGACAACUUGGGGGACCACCUUAUGGGCAAUGUCUGUGUCAAUGUGCCUGCUUUCCCCCCAUUAGAGGCCAGAGUUGGAGACAUUUGAGUGCCUAAAGGUCACCAUUUAAGCCUCCUAGUUUGAGGUCCAUCAAUAAAUGCAGUCCAGUCCCAGAGCUGCUUACAAAUCCCCUGGAGGUUUCUGAGUUUGACUACCAAACCUGACCUACUUCCGGCAUGAAGAGGAUGCUGAGUGGGCAGUAGCUGAACUCAGUAACCGCUGGUUCAGUGGGCAGACUCUGCAUGCUGAUGUCUCCUGUCACCGACUUCCUGGAGUCAUGCUGUCAGCAGUAUGAGAUGGGGUAUGGCAGUAAGAGGGUGGGAUGGGCACCUGGAGUUCCAGACUCCUGUGUGUGUGUGUGUUGGUCCCUUUCCAUCCAUCCAUCCAUCCAUCCUCAACCCAGAGGUAGCUUUUGCAACUUCAUGCAUCUGCGACCUGCCCCCUGGAACUUCUGGCAGCAGCUCUAUUGGUGGGAACCCAGGCUCAGGUAUCUCAGGACCAGCUUGCCAAGACUUCUCAUACUCUAAAGCUCCUAUAACCUGAGAUGAACCUGAUCCUAUGUCUUGAUAACAAUAUCUCAAGUCUUUGGUAUCCUAGAACUAGUACUGAGCCCAUUCUAAGAUCAGCACCUAAGUCCCAACCCCAAACCAUCCUGAAUCCCAAACCCAAGAUCAGCUUGGAUCUCUAAUCCUGAGGUCAGCUCCUGAGCACCUAUCCUAGACCACUCUCAGGAACACUAGUUACUUCAUCACCUGCUCUGCCCCAUGCUUCUAAAGCCUCCCCCCCACCCCCCUGUCCCCAGGUCACCCCAAGGUCCCAAAGAAGGACAUUCCCCAGACCACCAGCAGGGCCACUUCUGAGAUCCUGACCCUCUUGCCUUUCACCUCUAACAGGUAGAGAUGCUCCUGGCUAGGACCCCUCAAAGCUCCCUUAACUCCCCAGAGCCAUCUUUCCCAGCCUCUAGGGUCUGCCACUCCUCCCUGAAUAAAGUUCUGUAUUUUGAGCUUGAGUCAAGUCUAGCUGCGGGCUGGAGUUUCCUUCCACCCCCACAUCCGAUGAAAAGGGGAAGUAGGUUGGGCUCUAGCCACAACUGCAGCUGAAGAACUUCAAACAAGUGGAAAUUGGACUCAGAGCUCAACACCCUAGAAACCCCCAAGUGGGACUGGUGAAGCGCCUUUGAGCUGGAAACCACCACAUCCAUCUGAGGCUUUUCAAAGGGAAGACACCUAGUUGUGGCAGAUUGGAGGAUUCCCAACUCAGAGGAGAUUGGGGUUGGGAUCUAAGGUAAGGUCACUUGGAAUUGAGUGGGAGUCUUCAGUAGAUGAGGGCUGGGUCCUCCAUCCUUGAUUGGGAGUCAGUAAUGCCUAAUAUUUAAGCUUACCAUCUACCAGGUGCUACCUAAGAGCUUUACUUCUAAUAAGGGUGUUGUUUCUUUUUUUUUUUUUUAAUCACUUGUUAUUUUUCAAUUAUAGUUUAAUCUAGUAAGUUUUAAUUCUCCACAAUACUCCUAUGAGACAGAUGGAACAUGGCAGAUGUGGGAUAUGAAUCCACAAGGUCUGGCUUCAGAGCCCUUGCUCUAGCAAUCCUGAGGCCUUGUGGCUUCUGAUAAUGGGUCAGAAGCUGGACUGAGGACUGGGAGCUGGGUGUAUGUAGAUUCUCAUCCUAUGCCUCCACAUCCACUGUUUCCUUCUUCUCCAUGUUUUCCUGGGAAAUUGGCAAAGGCGCUGUGGCCGGAAGUCCUGCACUCUGCAUGCGCCGCUGGGAUGAGGCCCCAGCACCUCUUGUCUGCUGCGCUAUUCCUGGCCCAGGCAGUGCCGCAUGAAGCCUCUCAACACUGUAGCCGCCUUGAGUACUGGAACCCAGACAACCAGUGCUGUGGCAGCUGCCUACAGCGCUUUGGGCCUCCCCCGUGCCCCGACUAUGAGUUUUCAGAAAACUGCGGGCUCAAUGACUUUGGUGAUCACGUAAUGCAUCCCUUCAAAAAGUGUCCUUCUGGGAAGUGCAAUCUGGACUUCGCAGAGCUAUGUGGCUUCUGUGGCAGCAGAACCAGGGCCUCCACUCCCGAGAGAAGCCGGCAGCGCUGUGAAGAGGUGCUGAAGCCUGCCCCUCCCAAGGAGCCCUGUCCCCUGAAGUUUGAAACACCCAGCGUCCCAAGCUCCCAGGAGACCAGCUCACCAGCCAUUUCCAGCCCCUCUCGAACAUCUGAAUACACCGUCCCUCAGCAGGCCCUGCUGACUUUUGCCCUGCCCCUGGUGCUGGUUCUGCUUGUGACCUCAGCAGCCAUCCUCCUGUUUACCCUGCAAAGGCACAGUCCCUAUUACCCCUGUCCUGGCUUCAACACCUCUCAAGGCUCUCUGGUGGCAUCGGAGGCAGAGCUGCCAAAUCUGGCAUCACAGCCCCUAUCUCGCCUUCUGGAUGAGUUGGAGGUGCUGGAGGAGCUGAUUGUGCUGCUGGACCCUGAGCCUGGGCCUGGUGGGGCUUUGGCCUGUGGUACCACUCGACACCUGGCUGCAAAAUAUGGACUGCCUGCUUCCUGGUCCACCUUUGCCUACUCACUGCGACCUAGUCACUCGCCUCUGCGUGCCCUGAUUGAGAUGGUGGUGGCAAGGGAGCCCUCCGCUUCUCUGGACCAGCUUGGCACAUAUCUGGCCCAGCUAGGGCGGGCAGAUGCUCUGCAGGUGCUGUCCAAACUUGCCUCAUCUGGGGCUCGCCCAGCCUAGUACUCAAUAAAGUUUCCCUUGAAAUUAA